GCUAAUCAUGAAAUCAGUGAAUCGGGGGCCGUGCUUCAUCUGUUUAAUGUACAGUACGAAGAUGUGGGAUUUUAUGACUGUGAAGCCAUCAACACUAAAGGAAAGGACUGGCACAAGGCCUGGCUCUACGUGGAGUCUGCUCCGGAGUGGGCAGAGACCAUCAAUAACACGAUGAAAGACAUUGGCUCAGAGCACACCAUGCGCUGUGUGGCAUCAGGGAAACCCUUCCCUUUCAUCCGCUGGUAUAAAGAUGGAUAUAUGUAUGGUAAAGGUGAGCUGAAGUUUUCCAGCCUGACUUUUGCUGACUCCGGGAUGUAUCAGUGCAUCGCUGAGAACUACUGGGGCAUCAAAUACGCCAAUGCUGAGCUGCGAGUCAUCGCCUGUGCGCCAACAUUCGAGUUCAACCCUGUGAAGAAGCAGCUUCUCGGAGCUAAAGACGGACGUGUGGUGAUUGAGUGUAAACCCAGAGCGGCUCCUAGACCUCGAUUCACCUGGACAAAGGGCAAAGAGCUCCUCUACAACAGCUCACGCAUUUCAAUCAUGUUUGACGGGAGUCUGGAGAUCUUGAAUGCCACCAAAAACGAUGAAGGGGUUUACACCUGCUUUGCGGAGAAUGACAGAGGAAAGGCCAACAGCUCUGGCUAUCUCACCAUCACAGAGGCUACCAGCAUCACAGUAGCACCUGAGGACACUGAGGUUAGAGUUGGUGACGAGGUGAUUCUGAAGUGUGAAGCUUCAUACGACCCCAUGCUGGACAUCACAUUUAUCUGGGCUAUAGACUUCAGAGUCAUCGACUUUAAUGCAGAGUGGCAACAAUAUGAACGUGUCAUGAACGAAGAUGGUGUUGGCGACCUGAGAAUAUUGGACGCUCAAAUUUGGCACGAAGGUCGCUACACCUGCACGGCUCAGACUGUUGUGGACAGUGACACUGCCUACUGUGAUCUCAAGAUUGUAGGUGUUCCUGGUCCUCCUGGUGUGAUUCGGGUGGAAGAGAUUGGGGACACGUGGGUGAAGCUGUGGUGGACUAAAGGAGCUGAGCAUAAUAGCCCUAUUCUCUACUAUACCAUUCAGACCAGACACUACUGGGCUCUAUAUGAAGAUGACUGGAGGAAUGCCAGCACUUCUCCAAGUGUUCUUGAUGGCAGUAUGGAGAAAGCAGAGGUGACAGACUUGUAUCCUUGGAUGGAAUAUCAGUUUAGGAUCAUUGCUACUAAUGAGCAUGGCUCUGGAGAGGCCAGUAUCCCUUCCCUCAAGAUCAAAACCUGGGACGCUUCACCAGUUGUGUCUCCCACCAAUCUGGCCGGUUAUGGAGGUCGAAAUGGUGAGAUAAUCAUCACGUGGACACCCGUGGAGCCUUGGUACUUCUAUGGUAAGAAGUUUGGCUACAUCGUCGCGUUUAAGCCUCACGAUGCUUACGACUGGUGGUACGAGACCAUCUCGGACCCUGAGACAAGACGACACGUUCACAGAGACACCUAUUUCAUCCCCACUGAGGAAGACUUCCAGGUGCGAGAGUUUCAGGUGAAGAUCAAGUCAUUUAAUGUGAAAGGAGACGGACCCUACACCCUCACAAAGGUCAUCUACUAUCCACGAGAUGUACCUAUAGAAUCUCCAACAGAUAUCUACGCUAGGCCUGUGUCCUCCACUGAAGCUCUGGUUUGGUGGUUGCCAGUGGUUGACACUGGAACAGGCCUACAACAGUAUAUUGAGGGAUACCAGGUCAGAUACUGGAGAAAAUAUGAUGAUCCGGAACCAGGUGCCAAUCGUAUUUUUGUCUCAGCCUCAGUCAAUCAGACAAGGCUGGAAAAUAUGCUGCCAGAUUCACACUACCUCAUCGAGGUCCGUGCCUACAAUGGAGCAGGCCUCGGACCCCCUGGAGAAAUGUGUGAGAUGUUCACCAAGAGGCCACCACCACCAGAUCCUCCCAGGAUGUGGCGAUACAUCAGUUGGACAGGGAAAUGGCUGUAUGUGUGGUGGGAUCAUAUUCAGUACGACUGGUUCGGUAAUAUUUCCUUCCCGCUGUACUACAAGGUCAUGUUCAGAAAGUCAGGCUACAUCUAUGGGAAGGUCUACAUCACUGGCUGGCACUUCAUGGACUUCCCCAUGCCUCAGGUUGGAGAUUAUGAACUGAUGGUGCGCGGCCGUUAUGAAGGAGGAGAUGGCCCAAUCAGGAGGAUUAAGAUUCUGGGUCAUGCAUCCACAAUCACGCCCACCUUAAGCCUGGUGUCUUUGGUGCUGCUGGCACUGUGCGUUGUGGGACUGGAAAUUUAAGCCUGCCUCAAGCAACAUGUAUAUAACAGACUCUGGGAAGCAAAUACACGGACCAUAUUGAGGAUCUAGUCUUUAUUAUCAAACAGUCUUCACAUUGAUGCUCACUAAGAUGCCACAUCUUGCAUCCCUCUAGCUUUUGUUCAGGUGUAACACAAUACUGGAAAAAGAAAAUUGUUUCUCAAAAAUAAGAUUUGUUGUUAAUCCAAAUGCUUUUCUAGACAAAUUACCAACCAUAUUUGUAUACCAUCAUAUGACCUAGAUCUAAAAUGUCUUGAAUGAAUUAUAUGACAAGGCACAUGAUUCUCCAAACACUGUGUAGAUAGAAAUAAAUGCACAAGGAAAAGAAAGUUUAAGUUGUUCGUCAAGCGAAAAGUGCGAUUUUCCAGUCUCUUAAGUUAUUUUCUAUUAGUUUUUUUUUUUGUUGGAAAAAUUAUGAUUUCUUUUUACACAGACAGUCUCCAUCUCUGUUAAAUCAGUCAUUAGUAUGUACACAAAACUGUAAUAAGAAAUGCUUUUGGUUAUUUUUAAAAAGUGUUUAUGCAAACUAUGUAAGGUAUUUGUGAAUAGCGUUUUUUCUUCUUCUUUUUAAAAUUUAUUUAUUGAAACAGGAGUAAUGCUACCAACGAUGGGGACAGAAUGUUGGUGGGGGAGCUGUGGGUUUCGCAAUGACUCUAAAUUGUUAUUCGGAGUUAUUAACAAUGAAAGACAUAUCGCUUUGACAUCUACUACUGUAUAUCACCUGGAUCUGUAUGCUAACUUCUUUUGUGUCAAGCUGCAAAACCAUUAAACUGAAUGCAACAAACAAAUGA